AUGCCAUACAAGUGGCCAGACCUGCUGCUGGUGUCUGCCCAGUAUGGCAGUCAGAUUGUGGGGAAGGUCAGCCCUUGGAUACAGCCAGAUGCAGCCGAUGAGGCUCUGCGCAUGGACAGCCAGGCAGCGCUGAGGCAGGAGCUGGAGUGGGCCACGCACCUCUCCCUGCAAGCCUGCAUACUGCAUCUGCCCCCCUCGCCCUCCAGCGCCGACUUUGCACAUGUUGUCAACCAGGUCAUGCACGGCCUGAGCGGAAUGGCAAUGUGGCUGCGCAUACCGCUCAUGUCCGGGAAAUCUGCAGACCUCCCGAGCACUGCUGUAGAGGAGGAUGACUCAUGGGAGCGCUGGAACCAGGUCAGGUGCCUGACAUGGCACAAUGCUAAGCUUGGUGUCGUGCUGGACGUUCCUGCUGUGCUGCCGCCCAAGGAGGAGAUUGUGAGGUGGUACGGCGAGCCUGUUAAGGCGCUCAUGCUGCCCACAUCAGUGUUUCUGAACAACAAGCGCGGCUACCCCACCCUCACCAAGGCCCACCAGGAGAUGCUGCUCACCUUCUUCGCCCACGGCGUCCAGUCGGCGGCCUCCGAGGCUGCGGCGGCUGCCGUGCACCCGCUGCGUGUCUACUGCGAGUACCUGUCGUACCUGUUCAGAAAGCCGCCCAUGCCAGACGGGCAGGAGCAGCUGGAAGUGGGGUACAGAGACUACCUGCAGGCGCCGCUGCAGCCGCUGCAGGAUAAUUUGGAGAUGCAGACGUACGAGACCUUUGAGAAGGAUCUGAUGAAGUACACUCAGUACGAGGCGGCAGUGCUGGAGGCUCUUCUGGACCGCGUGCCCGAAGAGGAGGCUGCCACUCGCGAUAUUGUCCUCAUGGUGGUGGGCGCGGGGCGUGGUCCGCUGGUGAGGGCGUCCCUGUCAGCGGCGGAGCGUGCAAAGCGCAAGCUGCGCAUCUAUGCUGUGGAGAAGAACCCCAACGCCAUCAUCAGCCUGCAGAACCUCAUCGCCACCGAGGGGUGGGGUGACCGGGUGACGCUGGUGCCCGCGGACAUGAGGAGGUGGCAGGCGCCAGAGCUGGCAGACAUUGUGGUGAGCGAGCUGCUGGGCAGCUUUGGGGACAAUGAGCUGUCGCCCGAGUGCCUGGACGGCGCUCAGGCCUGCCUCAAGCCGGACGGCAUCUCCAUCCCGGCCUCCUACACCUCCUACCUGCAGCCCAUCACCACCGCCAAGCUCUGGAACGAUGUCAAGGUUUACAACGAUCUGGAGCACUUUGAGACGCCGUACGUGGUCAAGCUGCACCGCUUCACGGCGCUGGCCGACACGCAGCCAGUGUUCACCUUCCGCCACCCCAACCGCGAGGCCGCCAUCGACAAUGCCCGCGCAGCGUGCCUGCGCUUCGACCGCACCGGCCGCCUCGCCGCCGUCUGCCACGGCUUUGCCGGCUACUUUGACGCCUGCCUGUAUGGGUCGGUGCACCUGAGCAUCCACCCUCCCACGCAUACGCCUGACAUGUACUCCUGGUUCCCCAUCUACUUCCCCUUGAAGGAGCCUGUUUCCCUGCCUGCCGACGUCCCCAUCGAAGCCCACCUCUGGCGCUGCGGGGCACAUCACAAGGUGUGGUACGAGUGGGCCCUCACAUCCCCCACUGCCAUCACGCACAUCCACAACUCAAAUGGACGUUCAUACUACGUGGGACUAUGAGGGCCCAACUGUGUUGCCUGAGCUCAGGCUGUUCUUGGGAAUCAAUUUGUCCGUGUUGACAGACCAUUGCGGGUAGCACCUACCUAGAUGGAACACCAUAUAGUAGGAGUCCUAACUUUAGACUGAUCAAUUCGUCUUUUUUGGCUGUGGAGGACUCCUUUCUGUUUAGCUUGGCAGAUACUAGGACGUAAGCAGGAUGAUUGUUUAGCAGUGCGCAAGUGGUACCACUGUGCUGCCAUUAGCAAACUUGUUACAGCUCACAUGCGCUCAAACAGGCCACAUUCCUCGAUUUGCACAGUGGGCGGUCCAAAACUAGUAGCAAAAGCACACUGUGUAAUCAAGAUUGGGUCCACACAUCAUGAUCAGCGCUGAUCAGUCAAAAGCAGAAGAAAGGCUACUUCACCCGUAAAAUUACGAAAAGGAUUAUGUCGCUCAAAUGCAAAGUACUGGCAGAGCCAAGUUGAAGGCAUCAUGCUGCACAGUAUAUGACACAAAUUGUAUCCUCGUUCAUUUGGCCGCGCUACAUAUCUGCUAUCUAUCAGGCCCUCGGAUACCAUAUGGCUUGGCAACCAGAAACUUGCAUCAUAUAUGCAAACGUUCUGAACAUGACAAGGAUCAUACAGCAAUGGCAUACCUACGAGGCUGGAGGCACCAAUGCACCCAGCAUAAUUUAUGAGGUGCUCUCUUUAGGUUCAGCGACUGACCAGUUCCAUCUCUCACCGUCACAAUGAAAUGCAGUUGAUCCUAACUGGGCCCAGCACCAGCCUUCCUCCUUCCUACGAGGCCUCAAUCCCGCCAUGCAAAUGUAAUGCAUCUCUCGAGUUUUCUACUGACAUCUAAGUCUCGUGGGAGCUGCCUGCUGUUUCCAAAUGCCAACAAAAUGAGACGGCAGCUCUUGCCCCUGGCAGAGCGCAGCUACCUACAGGCCGCCGC